AUGGCACAGCCUUUGGAAAUAACAUGGAAAAUCUUUGAUCUUCAUGAUUCCAUUUCACUUUCUAGAUCUGAACAACAGAUCAGGAGAACAAGAAGCCUGAAGCAAUGGCAGCUGGAUAGGUGUCCCCACUUGUGUUCUUCACUUACUAAUUCACUGGAAAGCAAAACAAUCUUGCUACAUAAAGCAGCAUGGAAAGGUGAUAUAGACCAGGUUAACACUCUGCUCAACUUUGGAAUCUCUGUUAACUGCCAGGAUUACAGAGGCUGGUCACCACUGCACAGUGCAGCCUGUUGUGGAAAUCUUGCUUUAGUAAAAUACCUGCUACAGAAAGGUGCCUCUGUUAACCUGAGAGAUAGGUGCAAGUAUACCCCGCUUCAUCGAGCUGCAGGGAAUGGACACACAGAGAUUGUGGAGUAUCUCCUUGAGACUGGAGCAUCACCAAAUGUCUGCACCUCAUCAGGGGAGUCCCCCAUGCAUUUAGCUGCAGCUAAUGGUUAUCUAGCUUCCAUUAAAACAUUACUGAACUACAAGGUUUCAUCCAGUAUCAUGGACAAAAAUAAGUGGACACCGCUUCACUGGUGCUCUAUCAAUGACCAUAUAGAGGUGCUGGACUGCCUGGUGAGUCACGGAGCUAAUAUAGAAGAUACGAGUAGCAAUGGGUUGACAUUGCUACACUUGUCUGCGCUGGCUGGAAACAUACAAGUCAUCAACUAUUUAUUAAAAAGGAAAUUAGAUAUCAAUGUCAAAGAUAUGAAAGGAAUUACUGCUCUUCAUUUAGCAGCGGAAAAUGGAAACAAAGAAGUUCUUGAUUUAUUAUUGAAGAAUGGAGCCAAAGUGAAUGAGAUGGAUGAAAAUCAUCUAACCCCUUUGCAUUGUGCUGCAGGACGAGGUCAUUCUGGAACAAUCAAGCUUCUACUUCAACAUGGAGCCAAUAUAAAUGAUAAAGACUUAUUAUACCUAACCCCAUUACACUAUGCAGCAUACAAAGGUCAGAAUGCAGCUCUGUCCUGCCUUCUUCAGCAGGGUGCUGACAAUGAUGCCAAAGACUGGCUAGGAAAGACUCCCCUGCAUCUUGCAAUAGAGAGGGGUUAUUGUGCUACAGUAAGGAUCCUUAAGGAAUGUGGAGCUGACCUUUGUGCUAAAACAAAAUGGAAUGAAUCCCCUAUUGAUUUAGCUGUGCAAAACAAUCACAGGGAAAUAGUCAAUAUUUUAACCAUGGGAGGUAUGAAUCUAUGCUAAAUAUCUAUAUUAAUAAACAGGGGAAGGGAACAUCAUUGCAUUUAAAAUACAAAAUGAUUUAAACAAUGCAUUUGGUUUAAAAGAAAAUCAAUACACUUAGCAUGUGGUCCAGGGGAUUCAUUUUAAUAGUUAAACUUUCAUUAUUCAUAUAGGAGAUGUAAUUUUAAUCAACUUUCCAAUUUACUUUUAUUAUCAAAUUUGCUUUGUUUUCUUGUUAUUCUUAGUUGAAACUAAACCUAGGUGGGCUCAUAUGCUAAUUUCUAAGCCCUUGAGGGCUGCCUCUUAUCACAUGUUUUUUAAAUUGCUUUUAACAACAAGAGACUUUGGGCCAUAUAGAUAACACUGUGUUCAGGCACAGGUUGCACAACACAAUGCUAAAUGCAAUUCAAUAGAUUUUAUAUAGUCACAGUCAUGUGAUCAGGAGGCUGUCAGAAGGUUCUUAGAUACAAGGUAAUCACAGAGGUAAAAAUCUUAGUAAUAUAACAGUGUUGGUCAUGCAAAACUGGGGGAUGGGUAAUAAAGGGAUUAUCUGUCUUUUAAAACAAUAACAAUUCUAUUGUAGACUGUGCCUUUAAAUACACUUAGGUGAAGACAUUUUUGACAGAACAGAUUGAACCAUUGUUAUACCAACAUAUGUAAAUUAAAAUAAUACUG